AUGGCUCUGAAAGCAGUUUUAAGAAAAUUUUCUAGUGCAAGAGUAAUUUUCACUGGAGCUGCAGGCCAAAUUGGCAGUAAGCUUUUGACAAGGGCUCAACAGACCUAUGGAAUCGAAAAUGUUCUAGCAACUGAUUUAAAACAGCCUCCGUCAGGGUGGGAAAAGAACACUCGGUUCGAGCAGCUUGAUGUCUUAAACAACUCUCGUAUUGAAGAGCUAUUUUCAUCGUAUAGGCCUACAAUCAUUUAUCAUUUAGCUUCAACUCUAAGUGCACCAAGUGAAUUAAAUCCUCAGCUUGCACUUAAAGUUAAUAUCCAAGGUCUCCACAAUAUCUUAGAACAAGCCCGCAUCCACAAUUCACAAAUUUUUGUGGCCUCAUCAUUAGCUGCUUUUGGGUCAUCAACUCCCAAAAUCCCUGGAAAUCUUGAAAUUCAGAGACCAUCCACAAUCUAUGGGAUCACGAAAGUGCAUCUGGAACUUAUUGGGGAAUACUACAAUAUGAAACAUGGAGUCGAUUUUCGUAGUCUUAGGAUCCCUGUCAUUACUUCUGAAGGAGCGCCAGGUGGAGGGUCUGCUGCAUUUACAGUAACAAUGUUCUAUGAUCUUUUAAGCACUGGAAAAACUAUAAUUCCAGUGUCUCCUGAUACAAAAAUGCCUUUAAUGUAUCUAGAUGACUUAAUAGAUGGAGUUAGCCAGUUUAUGCAAGCUCCAAAUGAAAGACUUACUGCAAGGACUUACACGAUGGCCUCUUGUGGAGUUAGUGCAAGUGAUUAUUGCAACGAAGUGUUAAGAUGGACUAAUGGGGAAGUUGAGUAUAAGCCUGAUUAUAGAGAUCCGAUUGUAAAAAGCUGGCCUGAUGGAACUGAUUGGAGUGCUGCUGAAAGAGACUGGGGACAUAGGCUGAAAUUUGAUAUGAAAAAGAUGGUAAAAACGAUGUACGAGAAACUUACCAAUAAAAAAUAA